ACCGCACUAUAAUAAAUCUUCCAUAGAAAUUGAUUUUAAAUGCCUUCUUUUGAAAAAAUCCUUCCUAAUUCACAUUGCGUGAAGGUAGGUUUUGAAAUAACCUGCGUGUAUAAUGGGAAAACAAGGAACCAAAAGUAAAUAAAUCUUGAAUAAAUUUGAAUAUUGAUUUUGUAUUUUGUGUCAUAGAUAUAUCCUAUCCGCAAAAUAGAAUAUUUAAAUAGAAUUGAUUGAUUGGAAUUGGAAGAAAAUAUUUGGAUAUAAGAUUUUGGUAUUUUCUAUGGUUCAGUUAGAAUAUUGUUGACCUAGAGCUAAGUUUGGUAGAUGAAAUAAUGAAGAAAAAUCUGGAAAAAAAUGCUAACGGAAAACUGUGUUUUGGUUCUCGAAUUGCAAGAAAUCGUUUGUUAUCAUUAAAUCCAAAGCCAUUGGACUAUCCUGGGCCAUUUGAAUAUUAUCAUAAUUUUGAUUGGAUUAAGAAGUUUCCCAACAAAACAGGGUAUACUCUGAUAGCCAGUAAAACUCCAAGAGACAAGGAUUUCAAGAAAACUGAAGACAUUGCACCACCAGUUGGAACCUAUGACAUAGAGAACCCGAAGAAUUGGAAAUCGUCAGCAAGACCAUUCGGAAUUGGUGAAAAGCUUAAGUCUCAUCCCAGAUUUUUAACCCCAGCACCAGGGACUUAUAAUACUUUCAAACGUCAGGUCAAGGUCUGUACAUCAUUUGGUCAUGACCGAAUAACAGUUCCACUGGUGAAAAUUUCCUGUGCUCCCUUCAAUAUGGCUUACUGUUCGAAAUGUGAACAAACACCAAUUGGAGAUUAUUGGCAUAAGAAGGCAACAAAUCAAGAUUUAUGUCGACCUUGCAUGGAAGAAGAAUGGAACGAUUUAAAAAAGUGCAACACAAAAGUUGUGGUUAGAUAUCGAAAGAAAAACGAAUUAAACAUGUAUACCUUAGUGCGUUAUUGUAAUUUUUACCAUGAACACAAUUGUACAAAAGCUGCAGUACAGCAUAUGCCAACCAAGGAUUUAAUAUUUAAGCUGCGUAAAGAAAAUUAUUUGUCUUCUUUUGGUUUAUGAAAAAAUAAGAAUUAAAUUAAAAAAAUUGCUGUUUUAGAAAUGAAUUUUAUAAA